ACUGGGUCGACAAAUCGGAGCCGAACACAGUGCGCGCAGUCAACCCCCGCCCGCAUUCUUCAUCAAACACCUCCCCACUCCCUCGUCGAAAAACCGAAACCAAAACCGAAACCGAUGCCGAAGCCGCUCCCUCCCGCCGCCGCCACCGCCGCCGCCGCCGCCAUGAGCUCGCCGUCCCCCUCCCCGUCUCCGAGCUGGCCCCCCUCGCCGACCCCGGCCGCGACCGCCGCCCCCCCGGCCCCUAGGGCCGUCCCCCUCCGGCAGCAGUCCUCCCCGCCGUCCAAGUCCGCCGUGAACUUCAGCCCGCCCCUGAUCGCGAUGGUCGCGGUGGUCGCCGCCGCCUUCCUCAUCGUCUCCUACUCCCGCCUCAUCUCCCGCCACCUCCUCCGCCUCCACCGCCGCCUCUCCUCCCGCCGGCGCCGGCGGCGCCGCUACCACCCGUCCGCCUCCUCCUUCGACCUCAACUCCCCCCCGCCCUUCUUCGACUCGCCCGACGCCGGCGGGGCCGCCGCCUUCCACUUGUGCUCGCCGUACGGCCUCGACGACGCGGUCAUCAAGACCAUCCCUCUCUCCCUCUACACGGCCAAGGGCCACGAUCACCGAGCCCGGGACUGCGCGGUUUGCUUGCUGGAGUUCGAGGAGAGCGACUACGUGCGGACUCUGCCGGCGUGCGGCCACGCGUUCCACGUGGACUGCAUCGACAUGUGGCUCCGAUCGCACGCCAACUGCCCCCUCUGCCGCGCCGGGAUAUGCCUCCUGCCGCAAUCUCCGUUCGUGCCUCUGAUGGCGGCGAGGAUACGGCCGAGCCUCGACGAGGACGCGAUCCUCCGCGACAUCAUCCUCGAGGAACCGCUCGCCGAAACGGAAGAUUGCCUCGACAACCCGAACAGCCCCCACAGUAACCACAUGAACGGGACGACGGUCACGGAGAUCGUCGAAGAGCAAUCGCCUCGGAGGACGAACCCGUUAUCGGAGGAUCGGAGGAGCAACGCGAGGGACUUCCUGCUGAAGCGAUCCUACUCGUUCGGCUUCGAGAGGAGCCUGGCGUCGGAGAGGCUGGUCCUGGAGCCCGUGACGGCCUCGCCGUGGAGGUACCGCCGGGGGGGCGCCGGAGCGUUCUGGAGCAAGAGGCUGUCGCCGUUCGGCUCCUUGCCGAAGCCGAGGGUGUUCUCGUUCCGAUACUACCGGGGGAUGAAGUCGCCGUUCUUCAAGCGGAGAGGAGGAGGAGGAGGAGGAGGUGGAGGAGGAGGGGGAGGGGGAGGCUUCUUCCCGCUGUCGGAGUCGAGCGUGAGGUUCUCGAGCGGCGCCAGCGGAGGAGGGGGAUCGUCGCGGCGGAGCAAGUCGAUCGCGAGCCCCAUGUUCGCGAGGCCGUCGGGGGCGUACUCGUCGAGCCGGCUGAGGUGCGGCGAUCCCGAGGCGCUGCUCUCGCCGGAGCGGUUCAACAGGGGGUAGUGGGAACCAGGGAACCUUCAAAAUUUAGGACCGGCGACUGACUCGGAGGGGAGGGGUCUUUCCGAGUCGGGCCGACACGUGGACGGCGAGGAUGGGAGGGCGGUGGGGGGGGGUGGGGGGAA